AUGCCUAAUAGCCAGGAUGAUGUCACGAAAUUAGCGAAUUCUUUGAGAAACAAGUUUGAAAAAUUGCAUCCCUUAUCCGAUGAAUGCUUCAUCUAUAAGGUUCCUCAGAGAUUGCGUCAGUUAAAUGAAGGGCUCUACACUCCAAAAGUUGUCUCAAUUGGGCCGCUUCACCAUGGCAGGGAAGAGUUAAAACCUAUGGAAGAGAUUAAAAUAAGAUACCUAAGAGACUUUCUUCAACGUACCAAGGCACCCAUGGAAGAAUUUCUUAAGUAUAUAAAGGAAAGAGAAACGAAAUUGAGAAAAUGUUAUGCGGAAUCCAUUGAGCUUCAGAGUGCUGAGUUUUUAGAAAUGAUUUUUCUGGAUUCUGUCUUCCUCAUUGAGUUCUCACUAAGGAUCCACCAUCAACGGAAUACUGGAGUGGACAGAAUAUUUACAAAGCCAUGGAUGAAAAAGGAUGUGAGAGAUGACUUGUUUCUCCUAGAAAAUCAGCUUCCAUUGUUCAUUAUCAAGGACUUGUUUGAGCUAGCUAAAAGCAAAAUGCAAAAUGACAAGCCCUAUGAAGGAGUUUCUAUGAGAGAGCUUGUUCUUGACCUCUGGGAAGAUUUAUGUAUCAAUCUCUUUACAGAAAAGUCUUUGGAGCAGCACUUUGAUGGAGCACGACAUUUUGUUGAUCUGAUAAGACUUUGUCUUCAGCCAUCAGAAUUAGGGCAAAGUGGUGAAGUCAAAACUAUAGUCACUCCAACUAUAACACAACUUCUCCAGGCCGGAGUUAAGUUUAAAGUUGGGUCAGUCAAUAGUUUAUUUGACAUAAAAUUCAAUCAUGGGACUCUGGAAAUCCCAAAAUUGACAAUAGACGAUCGAACUGAAGCUCUGUUCAGAAAUCUGGAGGACUUUGAGGCAUUGAAUUAUGGAAUUAAAUACUAUGUGAAUGAUUACAUUACGAUUAUGAGUUACCUCGUCAACAGUCCAAAAGAUGUGGAAGUACUUGUGGAGAAGGGAAUCAUAGAAAAUUUUCUGCCCGGUAGCGAAGAAGUUUCAACGAUGUUUCGAAACCUUGCGAAAGAGAACAAGAUAGAUAAUAGCGAUUUCUCGUAUGUAGGUUUUAUUGAAGAUCUAAAUGCCCGCUGCAGAUCCUCAUGGCACCACUGGGAGGCUGCUUUGAUACAGGAUCACUUCAACACGCCAUGGGCUUCCAUCUCCAUCGGCUAUGCUGUUGUUAUUCUCCUUCUUAGUUUCAUACAAACCAUUAUUGCCAUCAGAAGUUCUCUGCCAUAG